GCUUAUAGGGGGUCAUCUCUGUAUCUAUCAUUGUAGGGUCUACCUUACAAUGUAAAGUGCCUUGAGGCGACUGUUGUUGUGAUUUGGCGCUAUAUAAAUAAAAUUGAAUUAAAAUUGAAUGUGCAUCACUGAAGUCUUAGCUGCCCAUGAAGAACCUGUGAACAACCUGUCACUGGUUCACUGCUGUUCCUUCCUUGGAAAAACUUUUGAUAGAUACCACUGCAGAGUGGGAACAACCUACAAGAGCUGCAGUUUAGGAGAUGCUCUGACUAUAUCAUCUAACCAUCACAAUCUGGUCCUUAAGCUUGCACUUGCUCCUUAAUAUAUCUAAUAUAUUAUCUAUAUAUCUCUCACUCAAUAUGUGCCAGAAUAACGUGAUCAUCAGCGUUAUUCACGUUACCUGUCAGCCAUCAUAAUGUAAUGCCUUAUGGCUGUUAAAUUCCAAGUGGUGACUGUUGUUGUAUUUGGAAUUAUAUAAAUAAAAUCGAAUAAAACUCAAUACUGAAUUUUGAUUGGACUGAAUUGGUAAAAGAUCAUUCAACUGCUACAGUUAUCCCUAAAGAUCUCUCUUUUUCUCAUUGGAAUGUGGCAAAAUGUAGUUUCUUUUAAAGUAUUUUAUAUUUGAAAUGAAGCAGAGUACAUUUCAGCGUUAUUUCUGUUCAGACUUUCUGUUUGGCUAUUCUCUAUGCAGUGCCAGUUCAUGUUUACAGGAGAGCUGAAGCCCAUUCCAGCUGUCAUGGUAGAAGUGUGUAGACAGGUCAUUAGUCUACUGGACCAACAUGGAGAGACAAACAAUCAUUCAUGCUCACAUUCACACUGACAGCCAAUUUAGAAUCAUUAAUUAAACAGGCAUGCAUGUCUUUGGACUGUGAGAGGAAGGUGGAGUACACAGAGCAGGAGCAGAGGCCCAGCCAGCAACUGGAUUCGGACCUUUGUGCUGUCGAAACGCUAACGCUACUGUGCCACUAUAACAAUGUGUCAUCAAUAACUUUGUGGAUGUUAUGAUGAUAAUGAAAAAUAAAGAGCAACAAAGUGGGAUGAGAUUGUUAAACUGCUUUGUAUGUUGUUGUUUGUAUACUUUGGCUACUCACACACAUUCAUUUGUUAGGGAAAUUAUUGUUUAUUGCUAAACAAACUUGAAUGGUUGGUCUGCAAUGAUACUGAACAAAAACUUAUUGUUAUUCGACCUCAAAUCAUGUGAUGGUACGGAGACUUACCUCGUUAAAGAUGGUGCUCAGUUAAAGGAGGUAUUCGGGACAAAGUCACGUUAACCGUCAAGGGGGGACGUUUUAAACUUUAGCUUCAUUAUAAGAAAAUCCUACAGCCAGUUUUGAUGCUUAUUUGCUGUUUGUUAGCAGUGCAGCAUCACCAUCUAGUGACGGCAAAAUGUAUUGCUGCUGUCUGAACUCCCUAAUUAUAAAUGGGCUUCGAUAUAAGUUUAACUGCCAUAAAUGUAAAUUAUGUCAAUUUGUUUAAUUUAUUGUGUUCAUUUAUGUUUAUUUCCUUUAUUUAUUGUUGUUCCUUUUGGGGUAGGAACUAAGUUUCAUUCUGUGUUGCGCACAGGCCCCUUUAAGUGACGUAAAGGGAAGCCAAAAGAGCAUGUGCAAAGAAGCUAAGCUAUAACUUAACUAAGUCACAAGAAGGAAUAAAUAAGCUGUUUUAAAGUAAAAGAUAACUGUGAAGAAGAAGAAGAAGAAGCCAGCGAGUUUGACGGUGGAUUUUAUGGUGUUUCGGAGGAGAAGUGUGACGGAGGAAUAAAUCCAUCAGCGAAUGAAGAACCGUUGUGUCGUGUAUUAACUGGAGGGAGUGAUAGUCAAACUCGGACCUGCCCAGACCCGCCCUAUCAGCGCAAAUUCGACAGCUCAUCAAGACGGGAACACAGAUAAGCCACUGUUUAGGACACACAAGUUCAUAAGGUUUUCAUGAAGAAGUCUGUAAGUCAGACUCUAAAGUUUUUGGUCUGAAAAGUGACACAAGAGUUGGAAGCUAAAAGGGACUGUGUAUAGCCUGGCAGCCACGGUGUUUCACGUAUAUGAAUGUACAUUUACGUAAGAGAUGUAAAUUCAUGUUCAGUUGAAUGAUUAUAGUUGGCUCUUAAGGGGCAGAAGUAAACUUUGUACAUUUUGAUAGAAACUCACAGUUUGUAUUUAUGGUUCAGUGUCUUUUACAAGUUCAGUGUGUGACAAGGUUAUAAUAAGAACUCCGUUAAGUGUACUUACUCUGUAAUAUUUUACAUCUAUGGGCUAAUUUGAUGGAGAGUGACUUCAUUUAGUUAAGAUCAUUCUUUUAGUAUUUGCAAAUGUUGUUGCAGCUUGCUCUUGUAUGCUGCCUGUGUAUAUCUGUGUCUAAGUAAUCAAAAUGUCACAUACAAGUAAAGAAGCUCAGGGUGCAGCAGCUGCUCUGGAAGAAGAGACAGAGUUAGAGCAGACAGAUGAAUCAAAUAUCGGGCAAAAUAUAGCACCACCUGAAGAGCCUCGUAGAAGUGAAAGAGCCCGGACAUUAACAGAAAAGGGAAAGGAGUUUCAGAAAGAGCAAAUCAAAGGGCUAUUGCUUCGCUUUGACAGCAAAUAUGAAAGAUGGAAAGCUCUGAUUAAGGUAGCUAAAAGAUCUGUGUUAAAACAGGAUCCUAGUGACAUCCUACAAGAACACAUCACCAGUAUUCAAAGGGAAUUAUCUGAGUUGAACAUUGCUUAUGAUGAUUACCGAAGAAUUGAUCAACCAGGCCAUGACAUGCGUCGCAAGAUGGAUAACUGCAUCUCGAUCACCAAGACUGUAGUGCAAAACGCUCAAUCUGAAAUGCAGGGUACAGCUGAGGAGUUGAUUUGGCCAGAUCAUAGUUCUGUAUUCUCAUCCUCAGCUUCCAGUGUUUCACUUCCUGCCUCUAAUGGUUCUAAAGCUUCUUCUAUUCACUCAAAUGUAUCUUCACUUAGAAGACAAGAAGCUGCUGCCGAGUAUGCAGCUACACAGGCUGUACUGCAGAUUAUGGCUGAACAAGAGGGCCACCAAGAGAAACUGCAAAACCUUGAAGCUGAAGAGAGGUUGAUCAUUGCAGACCAAGAAGCAGCCGCAUUAGCUCGUCGUCUUGAAGGAGAAAGAGAAGAAACUGAAUGUAGGCUAGAAAGAGAGAAACAAGAGGCUGCUCUCUUAAAGAAACAGCAAGAAGAGAAUUCUGCAAGAAGAAGGUCUGUAGAAAACCUAAAGAGAGAACUUGAACGUUUGGAGAAUUUGGAAAGGUUGAAUGCAGCCAAAGCAAGGCUUCAAGUGUAUGAUGAGAAUGAGCUCAGUCCAGCCCAAGGGAAUGCUCCACAGAGCCUGGAUCUACAUAAGGUUAUGCAGCCACUCAAUCAGGUGAAGCCUGAGGACCAGCACUCACAACCACCAAAGGAUGCAGUGCCAACACAUGUGCUUCAAGAUAGCACAGGAGAGCUUGUGAAGGUCUUAGCUGAGGCUAUAUCAGCAAAUAGGCUACCCAUUCCAGAGCCCACAGUUUUUAGUGGUGAUCCACUCAAGUUUAAUCAUUGGAAGUCAUCCUUCCAAACUCUUAUUGAAAAGAAAAACAUUCCAAGCUCAGAGAAAAUAUUCUUCCUCCAGAAAUAUGUUGGAGGAGCAGCUAGAGAGGCAUUAGAAGGUUAUUUUCUGAUUGGUUCAGAUACUGCAUAUGUUGCUGCAUGGGAACUCCUCAAUGAGCGAUACGGCCAGCCUUUUAUGAUUGCCAAAGCCUGCCGAGACAAAUUACAUGCCUGGCCAAAAAUAGUGUCAAGAGAGAGCACUGACUUAAGGAAAUUCGUGGACUUUUUACACAGUUGUGAAUGUGCCAUGGCUCACAAUGAGAGUCUGCGUAUUCUUGAUGAUGGCAUUGAAAAUCAAAAACUGACAGCCAAGUUGCCUGAUUGGUUAAGCAGCAGAUGGAACCGAAAAGCCACACAGUAUCAGCUGGAGCAUGGAAGGUUCCCAGAUUUCAAGUAUUUUGUAACUUUCCUGACAUUGGAGGCUAGUAUUGCUUGUAACCCUGUUACAUCUUACUAUGCUUUGUGGCAAGGGGAGCCGGAAAGGACAAGAUCUAAACCUCAGAAUGUAGUGACCUCUAAGAACCAAGCAGCAAGUGCAAGGAUUUUUACAACUAACACCACUGAGAAGAACGUAAGCACAUGUAUGUUUUGUAAGAAAACAGGGCAUGUCUUACACAAGUGCCGUAGACUAACUGCAUGGCCAGUUGCUGACCGAGUGAAGUUCAUUCAAGGUGAGAAACUGUGCUUCGGCUGUUUGAGUCCUGGCCAUCAAUCCAAGAAUUGCAGCAACCGGAUGGUCUGCGACACCUGCUCAAAGCGCCACCCCACAUGCUUACAUGAGGAUCGCUCAAAACAACAAGAAAAUGACAAGACAGGUUGCAGUAAGGAAAGAAAGCCACAAUCACCGCAAGACACCACUCAAGAAACCACAUCCAAUAGAGUUGUGCAUGAUGGUAACAGUGCUCAGACUUCAGCAAUAGUUCCUGUUUAUGCAUCAAUGCCAGGUGAUUCAAACAAAGAAGUCCUUGUCUAUGCUCUGUUAGAUUCACAAAGUGACUCUUCAUUCAUUCUUGAAGAAGUGGCAGAUGCUCUUGAUGUUAAUGCAGAGCCAGUCAAGUUGAAGCUGUCCACAAUGUCUUCCAAGGAGACAGUUGUACCAUGCAAAACACUCAAAGGUCUACAAAUAAGAGGGUUAUCUUCUUCUAAGAAGAUCACAGUGCCAACGGUCUACACUCGUGAGUUCAUACCUGCCAAUCGUACACACAUUCCAACGCCAGAGACUGCAAGGGCAUGGCCUCAUUUAGAGCAUCUUGCGGAACACAUUGCCCCGCCGAAGAAAUGUGAAAUCGGUCUUCUGAUUGGGUAUAACUGUCCACAAGCACUAAUGCCUAGAGAAGUUGUAUGUGGUGAGGACAACCAGCCCUUCGCACAGAAAACUGACGUAGGCUGGAGCAUAGUGAGCUAUGGUGAUCCAAGCGAACACUACAGUGAUGCAAUUGGAUUAAGUCACCACAUCAUUGUAAAGCAAGUGACCCCUGAACCCAAAGUAACAAGUAAGCUGAAAAGCGAAGUUCAUUAUGUUUGUAAAACAAGAAUUAAGGAGAUGACUACUCCAGAAGACGUACUUAAGGUGCUGGAAUCUGACUUCAGUGAAAGGCUUGGAGAAGAGGCAAAUCUCUCGCAAGAAGAUCUCCGGUUUUUGACUAAAAUGAAAGAAGAAAUUAGGCACAAAGAAGACGGACAUCUCGAAAUGCCUCUGCCUUUUAAACAGAGCAGGCCAGAGCUCCCAAAUAACAAGCCAUGUGCUAUUCAACGCCUCAUGUGCUUGGAAAAGAAGCUCAAGAGAGACCAGAAAUAUCGGACAGACUACAUGAACUUUAUGAAAGACAUUAUCAGUCGUGGCGAAGCAGAAAAGGUCCCAGAAGAAGAGCUUGAUAAACAAUCAGCUUGGUAUAUUCCCCACAAUGGCGUAUACCACCCUCAAAAGCCAGAGAAACUGCGAGUGGUCUUUGAUUGCUCGGCAAGAUUUCAAGACAUGUCAUUGAAUGACCACCUACUUACAGGGCCAGAGCUCACAAACACCUUGGUGGGAGUUCUUUGUAGAUUUCGAAAGGGCCCAGUCGCUAUUAUGUGUGAUGUGGAACGAAUGUUUCAUCAAUUCCAUGUAAAGCCUGAAGACCAAGACUACUUGAGGUUCUUAUGGUGGGAGAAUGGUGAUCUUGAGUCUCCGCCAUCAGUUUUUCGGAUGAAAGUCCAUUUGUUUGGAGCAGCUUCCUCACCUGGCUGUGCCAAUUUUGGACUUAAACAUCUAGCCACAGAAGGUCAGGAUCGAUUUAAUCAAAGCACUGUCAAGUUCAUCCGAAGAAAUUUUUAUGUUGAUGAUGGACUGGUGAGUGUAAGGUCUGAUGCUGAGGCAAUCGAGCUGAUCAAGGAAGCGAGAGAGCUCUGCAGUGCAGGCAAGCUUAGACUACACAAGUUCAAUUCCAACAGCAAGAAGGUAUUGGAGUCAAUACCGAAGGAAGAGUGUGCUGCCAGUGUCAAAGAGCUGGACAUAGAUUUAGGGGAGCCACUCCUAGAAAGAGCACUGGACGUGCAAUGGUGUGUAUCCUCUGAUGACUUUCAGUUCAGAGUAACUGUCAAGAAACACCCAAUGACGAGAAGGGGAGUGCUAUCCACAGUAGCUUCCAUCUACGAUCCUUUGGGUUUCGUAGCACCAUUUGUUUUACGUGGGAAGUUGAUCUUGCAACAGUUGAGUCGAGAGAAAGCUAGUUGGGAUGAACCACUUUCAGAGGAGUGCAGAUCACAGUGGCAGUCAUGGUUACAAGAUCUCCAUAACUUGUGUCAAGUAAAGAUUAAGAGGUGCUACAUGCCAGCAAGCUUCAUAGAUGUCAAGCAGUACGAAUUACAUCACUUCUCAGAUGCUAGCUUCACAGGUUAUGGGGAGUGCACUUAUCUAAGAGCAGUCAACUCUAAUGGCAGCGUAUACUGCUCACUUGUCAUGGGGAAAGCGCGUGUUGCCCCCACCAAGGUCACAACAGUUCCAAGGCUUGAGCUGUCUGCAGCAGUGGUUGCUGCGAAGAUGGGUGCUGUGUUAAAACAUGAGCUCGAAAUAGACAACCUUAAGGAAUAUUAUUGGACUGAUUCAAAGGUUGUUCUCGGGUACAUUAAUAAUGAUGCCAGACGCUUUCAUGUUUUCGUGGCAAAUAGGAUCCAGAGAAUCAAGACCACCACAGAUGCCAACCAAUGGUAUUAUGUGCAGUCCGAAGACAAUCCGGCGGACCAUGCUUCGAGAGGGUUAUCGGCAGAUUAGCUCGUUGCUUCAAAUUGGUUCACUGGCCCAGACUUUCUGUGGGAAAAGGAGCUACCCACAAGAGAUGCUAAGGUGGGAGAGGUUAGUGACAAUGAUCCAGAACUUCGAAGGGCUCAGGUGCUCAACACCAGUGCAAGGGCAAAUAGAACAUUGUUGGACCGCCUGACUAAGUUUUCUGACUGGAAAAGAGUUGUUAAGGCUAUUGCUUGUCUUAAACAUCAUGCUAAGCAAGUUAAGGGUCUUAGUCCCAAACUCAAUGGAAGUACAAGUGUUGAGGAAAGACAACAAGCUGAACUUUUCAUAAUCAGAUUGGUCCAAAGAGAAGUAUUCAGCAGUGAAAUCAAGAAUUUACAGCAAUGCAAGGACGUAAAAUCCAAAGACAAAGCAAAAAGGCUAUGCAAAUUAAGUCCAUUUUUGGAUGAGCAGAGUGUGCUGAGAGUAGGCGGCCGCUUGACAAGAAGUGAGCUUCAUCCACAUGUUAAACAUCCUGCUAUUCUGCCAAAAACAAGUCACGUGUCUUCUUUAUUGAUCAAGUAUUAUCAUGAGAAAGUACAGCAUCAAGGAAGAGGUAUGACUGUAAAUGAAUUGCGAUCUAAUGGGAUAUGGGUCAUUGGAUGCAGCAGUGCAGUUGCCUCACGUGUCUUUAAGUGCGUCACAUGCAGAAAGUAUAGAAGGAACACACAAGAUCCAAAAAUGGCAGAUUUGCCAAAGGACAGAAUGGAAAUGACCCCUCCAUUCACAUAUUGUGGCAUAGAUUGCUUUGGACCAUUCUAUGUGAGGGAUGCAAGAAAGGAACUGAAGAAGUAUGGUCUUCUCUUCACUUGUAUGUGUUGCAGAGCUGUACAUAUCGAAAUGCUUGAUGACCUUAGUUCAGAUGCUUUCAUCAAUGCAUUGCACGUAUUCAUUGCAAUACGUGGGAAUGUAAGGCAGUUGAGAUGCGAUCAAGGUACCAACUUUGUGGGUGCAAAAAGAGAGUUCAUGGACUCAAUGAAGAACUUGGCUCAUGAGCAGUUGAAGGAAUAUGGCUGUGAGUUUGUAAUGAAUCCCCCAUCAUCCAGCUAUAUGGGAGGAAUUUGGGAGAGGCAAAUAAGGACAAUCAGAAGUGUUCUAACACCAAUCCUUGAUCAGUCUGCUAAAAGACUUGACACCGCCUCACUUAGGACAUUUUUGUAUGAAGCGAUGGCUAUUAUAAAUAGCAGACCGCUGACAACAGAGCACCUGAAUGAUCCAACAAGUCUUGAACCGCUCACACCAAAUCACAUUCUUCUGAUGAAGUCUAACAUCAUAUCGCCACCUCCGGGUCAGUUCGUGAGUCAAGAUUUAUACCUGCGUAAGAGAUGGUGUCAGGUGCAGUUCUUGGCGAAUGAGUUUUGGACAAGGUGGAGGAGGGAGUAUCUCCUUAAUCUCCAGCAAAGACAGAUAUAGCAUGGGGAUAAAAGAAACACCAAGGUCAAUGACAUUGUUAUUCUCCAAGAAGACAGUGCCCCGCGAAAUCACUGGAGACUAGCAAGAGUCACAGAGGUGUACCCCAGCUCGGAUGGAAGGGUCAGAAAGGUAAAGCUGUUGGUUAGUGACUCAACUUUGGACAAACAGGGAAAACGUACAACUAAGCCAGUUUAUCUUGAAAGGCCAGUGCAAAAAAUAGUUCUACUUGUUGAAGCAGAAUAAGCAUGUGUUAAACUGUUGUAAAUGCUUAUAACUUGAAGAUUCAAAUCUGUGAAGAAAUCUCAAGUUGAGAUUUGGUGGGAGUUUAACUGCCAUAAAUGUAAAUUAUGUCAAUUUGUUUAAUUUAUUGUGUUCAUUUAUGUUUAUUUCCUUUAUUUAUUGUUGUUCCUUUUGGGGUAGGAACUAAGUUUCAUUCUGUGUUGCGCACAGGCCCCUUUAAGUGACGUAAAGGGAAGCCAAAA